UUCGGGUCGAGACAAUUUGAAACCGCCGAUUUGUACUAACUGUAACUGGCGGAGGCGUCGAGCAAAUUGCCUCGCACCAAGUAGUGAAUUCCCAGAAUUGUUGCAAUACAUGCUUUGGAAUUGCUUGAUUGUGAUUUGCUUGUCCGUAAUGACACGGCUCUUUCGGGGAACGGCAUGUGCGCUGUCACCUCUUCCGUCACCGCUGAGGAAUCGCGAUUCGUUCACAUCCUUGCCGCUUCCUACCGUCACGGGUGAUUGCGGAAACUCGAAAGAACUGUUUUCCAUUGCUCCCAUGAUGGGUCAUACCAACCGACACUACCGAUACUUCGUCCGACUCUUUAGUGAGCGGACCCAUUUAUACACCGAAAUGGUGCCGGCUUCCCAGAUUGUCCAAGCCUUUCGACGAGCUCCUGUAGUUUUACAAAUAGGCGGAGGUGAUCCCGAAGUGCUGCGUCAAGCUGCUGCCAUUGGAGCUGCCUAUGGGGGCUAUGUCGAUAUCAAUUUGAAUUGCGGAUGUCCAUCCAACGCUGUCCGUGGUCGGAGUGCAGGGGCGGCUUUGAUGCGCGACCCUAGUCACGUCGCACACUGUGUCGAGGCGAUGCAAGAAGGAAUUUUUGAAAUGGGGCAAGGAACAAAUAAACUGAAGCCAAACGUAACAGUGAAACAUCGGUUGGGCGUGCGAGACGCAGCAACGUUUGAUGCUUCAGCUGAUCGAUCUAAAGACGACGCAGAAGCGUACCGGUCGUGUCGUCAAUUUGUGAAUGCAAUCGCCUUGACUGGCGCAGUCGCUAAAUGCCACGUCCAUGCACGUUACGGUCUUUUGGGAGAUUUUACUCCGACCACCAUCCAAAAUAGAAAUGUACCGCCUUUGAGGCCCAGUAUUGUCAAUCAGUUGGCAGAAGACUUUCCUUCGGUUGAGUUCGUGACGAAUGGUGGGGUAAAAAGCCUCGACGAAGUUUCUCAGGUUGUUCGAGGGGGACGACAUGGUUCUGGAGUAAACAACGUCGUUGGUGCAAUGGUUGGACGAGCAGCGAUUAAUCAUCCAUGCUCGUUUGCGGCAGCUGACACUCUA